AGUGCUGGGUUUGGUGGCCAAAGCCCCCAUCCUAGGCCGGCAUGUCUCUGCAGAGGAUUGUGCGUGUAUCCCUGGAACACCCAACCAGCGCUGUGUGUGUGGCAGGGGUUGAGACCAUCGUGGACAUUUAUGGGUCGGUUCCUGAGGGCACGGACAUGUUUGAGGUCUAUGGGACACCGGGAGUGGACAUCUACGUGUCUCCCAGCAUGGAGAGGAACCGAGAGCGAGCUGACACCCGGCGGUGGUGCUUCAACAAGGGGCUGGAGAUCAUCGUGGUCAUGAACUCUCCUAGCAACGACCUCAAUGACAGUCACGUUCAAAUAGCCUACCACUCCAGCCACGAGCAUUUGCCCCUGGCCUAUGCAGUACUCUACCUCACCUGUGUGGACAUCACCCUGGACUGUGACAUGAACUGUGCUGACCGGCAGGACAGGAGCUUCGUGGAUAAGAGGCAGUGGAUGUGGGGACCUGAUGGGUACGGAGCCAUCUUGCUGGUGAACUGUGAUCGGGAUGAGGUCAGCUCUGAUGCCCAAGAUAACUGUGACCAAUGUGUGCGCUGCCUGCAAGAUCUGGAAGAUAUGUCCGUCAUGGUCCUACGGACCCAGGGCCCUGAAUCUCUCUUUGAUGACCACAGGCUUAUCCUCCACACCUCCAGCUGUGAUGCGGAGCGGGCACGGGUCUUCCACGUCUGUGGCCCCGAGGAUUCCUGCGAAGCCUAUAGGUGUGUUCUGGGCCCGGACCGGAUAUCCUAUGAGGUACCCCGCCUGAAGGGCUAUGAGGAGCGCUUCUAUGUGGAGGGCCUCUCCUUCCCUGAUGCAGGCUUCCCAGGGCUCCUCUCCUUCCAUAUCACCCUGCUGGAUGACUCCAAUGAGGACUACUCCGAGACCCCGAUCUUCACGGACACAGUGGUGUUCCGAGUGGCACCCUGGAUCAUGACGCCCAGCACCCUGCCACCCCUGGAGGUGUACGUGUGCCAGGUGAGGAAUAACACCUGCUUUGUGGAAGCUGUGGAGGAGCUGGCCAGGAAGGCAGGCUGCAAACUCACCAUCUGUCCUCAGGCAGAGAACCGCAAUGACCGAUGGAUCCAGGAUGAGAUGGAGCUGGGGUACACGCAGGCGCCACACAAGACUUUGCCUGUGGUCUUUGAUUCUCCGAGGAAUGGGGAGCUGCAGGGUUUCCCUUACAAAAGGAUCCUGGGUCUAGAUUUUGGCUACGUGACUCGAGAACCUCCAGACAGUUCUGUGAGCGGUCUGGACUCCUUUGGCAACCUGGAGGUUAGCCCGCCCGUGGUGGCCAAUGGGAAGGAGUAUCCAUUGGGGAGGAUCCUCAUCGGGGGCAACCUGCCUGGGUCGAGAGGCCGCAGAGUUACCCAGGUGGUCCGAGACUUCCUCCAUGCCCAGAAGGUGCAACCUCUGGUGGAGCUGUUUGUGGACUGGCUGGCUGUGGGCCACGUGGAUGAAUUUCUGAGCUUCGUCCCCGCACCAGAUGGGAAGGGCUUCCGGCUCCUCCUGGCCAGCCCUGGUGCCUGCUUCAGGCUAUUCCAGGAAAAGCAGAAGUGGGGCCAUGGCCGGUCCCUCCUUUUCGAGGGGGUCAUUGGUGACAGGCGGGUCCAGACCAUCUCCAUCAAUCAGGUUCUUUCCAACCAGAGCCUUAUCAACUUUAAUAAGUUUGCACAGAGCUGUAUUGACUGGAACCGUGAGGUGCUGAAGCGGGAGCUAGGUCUUGGGGAGAGCGACAUCAUUGACAUCCCACAGCUCUUCAAGUCGGAGAAGAGGAAGGCGGUGGCGUUCUUCCCAGACCUGGUGAACAUGCUGGUACUGGGCAAGCACCUGGGCAUCCCCAAGCCCUUUGGGCCCAUCAUCAAUGGCCGCUGCUGCCUGGAGGAGAAGGUGCGCUCCCUGCUGGAGCCGCUGGGUCUGCACUGCACCUUCAUUGAUGACUUCACACCGUACCACAUGCUGCACGGGGAGGUUCACUGUGGCACCAACGUGCGCCGGGAGCCGUUUGCCUUCAAGUGGUGGCACAUGGUGCCCUGAGCCGCCCGCCACCCAUCCCCCAUCCGUCCCCCAGGAUAGGGCGUCCGCCCGGCAGGUGGAGACUGCGACAGACCCCAGAGCACCCAGAGACUCCCAGUUUCUAGACUGAAUGACCCAAGCUUCUCAGAAGCCUUUUCUCUUGAAAUGUCCACAUCCGCCUGCUGCCCAUUCAGUUCCCAGACAUGAAUCCUCUUGGUACCCCCAAAGAAGGAUCCCAUGUCAACCAGACUCUCCUGCGGGUCGAGAUGAUCCAUGGGGAUAACUUUAAAUACCAUUCAUCCCCCCCACCCCCGCAAACUCCAAAACUCCUCUUUGUGGGGAAAAAUCCGCUUGGGUAUCUAGAAGCAUUGACCUUGGCCUGUGCUUCCUGUGGUGGAAGGCCUGGGGCGGUGGGGGUUGGCGGGGUUGUUUUGGCCAUUGCCUCCUGCCCUGCAGGGGAUGGUUGUAAAGUCAGACUAUUUCACACCCUCACUACUCGACUAGAGGGAGUCUACCCCUCCCAGGAAGCACCCCAGGGUUCAUUCAGGUCAAAGUGUGUCCAUCAUGUCCACUGCAAGCUCCUGGCAGGACCGGCCUUUACUGCAAGCCAGCCUGGGCUAUCACACGGUGGGGACCUGUCACACAAUGGGGACCUCUAGAUGCUUUUGCAAUGACAGAUGUCCCUUAGCUUCCCAGGCUUCCCAUCAUCCGAUGUCUGGGAAUCUGGUUGUCCAAAUCCUCUUGGAGUUUCUCUGAAGUGAAUGAUUGGGGGGCUGGAUUCCCAGGGGAGAACGCCUUUCCUAAGACAGGAUUGACCCUGGGGGUCCCACCAUCUGAAGGGGUUCCUCCAUCAGCUUGCCUGGGGGCUCUGUGCAGAGGAGACCCCAGGCUGACUUAGCCCAGAGCCUUCUGCCUAUACAGCCAUCCCGUAGUAGAGGCCCAGGAAGUGCCACCCUGGGUGCCAUCAAGGCAGGACUUAGAGGGACAGUUAAGCCUCUCCACAUACUGGGAGAAGAGAGGGAUGUGGCUGUCUCAGUAUGUGUCUUCUGUGAGUCCAGCUGGCCAAAAAAUAAACAGAGGC